CCGCAGAGCAAGCGCCAAGGCAUUUCCUCCGCGCCCUCCGCCAUGAUCAAGGUCAAGUGGGACUCCACGUACACGCCCGCGGCCAAAGGCACCGGCAAAGGCAAUGCAGGCAAUGCAGGCAAUGGUGGCGCCACCUCCUCCUCCGCCACGUCCGAGCGCCCCACGCUCACGGCGCUCAUGGACGGCAUCGUCAUCAGCAGCACGAGCAGCACCAGCAGCAACGUGGCCGGCACGCGGCGCCCGCCGAUGCCCAAGUGGGACAUGGGCACGAUCUCGGAGGACACGAUGCCCGCGGCCUUCACGGCGGCUUCCGCCGGCUGGGCCAACGACCGCUUCGAGCUCACGGAGAGCGGCGAGGUGCGCAACCGCGCGAGCAAGCAGCGCAUCUCCAAGCAGGAGAUCCGCGACCACGGCGAGGAGGUGCUCCGGGGGCUCAUCGACCACGUGCACACGCGCAUGCUGCAGGAGCUGCUGUUCCUGGAGCAGGCAAUCCCACCGCUCGAGUUCGAGCGCAGCUCGGUCGAGUCGGGCUUCGACCCGGGCGCGAGCCACACGAGCAGCAGCGUCAGCAGCUCGGUGCGCUCCAGCUCGUCCAGCAUCUGCUCCACGAACGACGGCUUCCGCAUGAUGAUCGACACGGACGAGCCGCGCUGCAUCUUCCACACGAGCAAGAACUUCAGCGUCGCGGAGAAGCUGCUGGUGUUCGUGUGCUCCUUCAGGGGGCUCAGCUGUGGCAUCUGGAGCCGCAGCGUGCUGCUCAAGGACGGCGUGCAGGUCGGCUCCAUGCUGCCGUACUUCCAGAAGGCCAUCGCCGCCGGCUACGGCAUCCUCGUGAUGAACCCCAACAUGAACACGCAGCUUAUGGUUACGCAGGACGGGACCGUGGAGAAGAUGCCGAUCCGAGGAUCCAGUAACGCCGAUGAGCACUGCGACCACGUGUGGCGCAACUACAUCUUCCCCUCGGCUGCGCACAAGGUGCACUUCAUCGCGUACGGCUACGGCGGUGUGCUGGUGACGCAGCUGAUCGCCAAGUACCGGUACGAGCUCAAGAGCCGACUGGGCAACGUGGCCUUCAUCGAGAGCUCGCACAAGAUCGACCCGUCCUGGAACUCGGGCUUCAAGCGCUUCUUCUCGCAGCACAGCAUCUCCUGGUCCCGGUCCGACUUCCCGCUGAACACCGAGUUGAGUCGGGAUGCCACGGCUUUCGCUGCGAGUGGUGGCCCCAGCGGCACUGGAACGGCAACCAGCAGCGACGACGCGUUCUCUGCUACUGCGUCGUCUCCGUCCUCGCGCUCGCCGAAGAGCCCAAGCGCUGCUCAGCUGACUGGAUUCGGCUGCAUUUGUCUGUCUGCAGGCCCGUGCGAGGGAGCGAACGAGAGCCCUGCUUACACAACGAAGGAGGUGCUGGAUACUGUAUUCGCCUUCUUGGCAUCUCCGACGCCUUACGAGUUCCAGCGCCGAGCAGCGCGUGAAUUGCGGUUGAAUACGCUAUUGGAGGAGCAGCAGCAGGCUCGAGUACAGCAGGGGCACGAGGAGCCAGCUGCCCACGGUGGACGCCAUGGCGCUGAUAGUGGACGGCCUCCUCAAGACCAGCAAGCGCGCGGGCGGAAGGAAUCCGUGUAUGACGCUGUGUUGGGAGGCGCAGCUGGAAAUGCUUCUCGUGAGCUGAAGCCGCGCGAGUACGACUCGUUGACGAUUGAUGACUUCGACCUGCUUCGGGUGGUUGGCCGUGGUGCCUUUGGUAAGGUGAUGCUGGUCCGAAGAAAGCUGCCGCAACAGCAGCAACAGAAGGGAGCGCGGUUAUUAAGCCCGCGGACGAUGAUGUCCAUGGGAAUGACCCCGCAACAGAUCGCAGGAGCUUCAGGCAGUGAAGGUGGUAAGGUGUACGCCAUGAAGGUGAUCAAGAAGGCCGCUGUGUUUGCCAAAAACCAGGUCGAGCACACCAAGACGGAGCGUCGUAUUCUGCAGGGCGUGGACCACCCGUUCAUGGUGAAGUUGCGGUACGCCUUCCAGAACGAGGCGAAGCUGUACUUCGUGAUGGACUUCUACAAUGGCGGCACGCUGCACUUUCAUCUGCGUCGGGCGAUGCACUUUGAUGAAGUUCGCACUCGCUUCUACGCCGCGCAGCUCGUGCUGGCCAUCUCGCACCUGCACACGUACAACAUCGUGUACCGUGAUCUCAAACCGGAGAAUAUUCUGCUAGACGACCAGGGAUUCAUCGCCCUGACGGACUUCGGUCUGUCACACGACCACUUCGACAGCAAGGACGGUAUGCAGACCUUCUGCGGUACACCUGAGUACAUCGCCCCCGAGCUCAUUCGUCGCGUGCCGUACGGCAAGGCAGUGGACUACUGGUCGCUGGGCGUCCUCAUCUUCGAGAUGCUGGCGGGCUACACGCCGUUCUACCACGCGAACCGCAAGCGCAACUUCCAGAACAUUGUGAAGCUCCCGCUGCGGUUCCCGUCCGAGUUUUCCGACGACGCGCGCUCCUUGCUGCGUGGCUUGAUCUGCCGCAACCCGGCCAAGCGACUCGGCUCCGGUCCGUGCGGCGCGCAGGAGAUCAUGGACCACCCGUUCUUCAGCACUGUGGAUUGGGAGAAACUGUACAAGCGGGACGUGCCCGUGCCCUUCAGGCCUGUGGUCAAGUCGGACGGCGAAGUGAACAACGUGCCCGAGUUCUUCAAGCGACAGGAAGUGAUCGACUCGGUGGUCUCCGAUGCCCCGAUCGGCAAGAGCCACGUCUUCCAGGGCUUCUCGUACACGGACCCGUACAACUUGUAG